CGUCAAAGUCCGUGAACUUGACUUCUUCUACACGUCUCGAGCAUUUGCUACUCACUUCCGGUGUUCCGCUCUCUCUCUCUCUCUCUCUCUCGAUCGAUCUGAGCUUGAGCUUCGUCGUCAUGGCUAAAAUCAAGUCCAUCAAGGCGAGGCAGAUCUUCGACAGCCGCGGCAAUCCUACGGUCGAGGCUGAUGUUACUCUAGACGAUGGGACUUUUGCGAGAGCUGCUGUUCCUAGUGGUGCCUCCACUGGGAUUUACGAGGCCCUUGAACUAAGAGACGGUGGUUCUGACUACCUGGGAAAGGGUGUUUCCAAGGCUGUUGAGAAUGUGAACACAAUAAUUGGUCCCGCCUUGGUUGGCAAGGAUCCAAGGGAUCAGAUUGCUAUUGAUAACUUCAUGGUCCAACAGCUUGACGGAACUGUAAAUGAGUGGGGUUGGUGUAAGCAAAAGCUUGGAGCCAAUGCCAUACUUGCAGCGUCUCUUGCUGUCUGCAAAGCUGGAGCUGCUGCUAACAAGUUGCCUCUUUACAAGCAUAUUGCGAACAUUGCUGGUAACAGCAAAUUGGUGUUGCCUGUUCCUGCCUUCAAUGUAAUUAAUGGUGGGUCACAUGCUGGAAACAAACUUGCAAUGCAGGAAUUUAUGAUUCUUCCUGUUGGUGCUUCCUCAUUUAAGGAAAGCAUGAAGAUGGGUGUGGAAGUUUAUCACCACUUGAAGGCUGUUAUUAAGAAGAAAUAUGGUCAGGACGCAACUAAUGUUGGUGACGAAGGUGGUUUUGCUCCUAACAUUCAGGAAAACAAGGAAGGUUUAGAAUUGCUCAAGACUGCCAUUGCAAAAGCAGGUUACACUGGCAAAGUUGUUAUUGGAAUGGAUGCUGCUGCAUCCGAAUUCUACUGCGAGGAUAAAACAUAUGAUUUGAACUUCAAAGAAGAGAACAAUGAUGGAUCUCAGAAGAUCUCUGGAGAUGCUCUCAAAGAUCUGUACAAGUCAUUUGUGAGUGAGUAUCCUAUCGUCUUGAUUGAGGAUCCAUUUGACCAGGACGAUUGGGAACACUACUCCAAACUAACCUGUGAAAUUGGAGACAAAGUCCCGAUCGUAGGAGAUGAUCUGUUGGUCACCAAUCCCAAGAGGGUUGAGAAGGCGAUCAAAGAGAAGGCCUGCAAUGCUCUUCUUCUCAAGGUAAAUCAAAUCGGGUCUGUUACCGAGAGCAUCGAAGCUGUGAAGAUGUCCAAGCGAACUGGGUGGGGCAUCAUGGCUAGCCACCGCAGUGGAGAAACAGAGGACACUUUUCUUGCUGAUCUUUCUGUGGGUCUGGCCACGGGUCUACUCAAGACUGGAGCUCCAUGCAGGUCAGAGCGUCUGGCAAAAUAUAACCAGCUCUUGCGCAUUGAAGAGGAGCUCGGCUUGGAUGCUGUCUAUGCCGGAGCAAACUUCCGCAUGCCGGUUGAACCCUACUAGAACCAAAGCGACCUUUUGGUUUAUGCAUAUCCAGGUGUUCUGGCUGCAGUACUUGUUUGGACUCGAUAAUUUCGAAGCAUGGAUUCUAACAAUAAAAGAAAUACUAUAUGCCCGCAGCGGUCGUGCUGUGUUCUAAGAGGAGCUUCUG